AAUACUAUGGCGACCAGUACUACGACCAGGGUGGCCGAGGAAGACGCCGUGGUGAUUCAGAGGAAGAUUCCGAGACCUUUAGUGAUUUUACCAUGAGGUCCGAAACCGCUCGUGCGGCCGACAUGGAUUACUAUGGCCGCAAUGAUGAUCGGUACAACAGCUACGCCGACAGCCAGUAUGGUCGGGGAUACGGUGGCUACCGUCCUCCGUCCUCGCAGAUCUCCUACGGUGCCAACCGGUCGUCGGGUGCUUCGACUCCAGUCUACGGCAUGGAGUACGGAAACGCCUUGCCGGCGGGUCAACGGUCCCGCGAGCCGUACCCCGCGUGGGCGUCCGAUGGCCAGAUCCCGGUCUCCAAGGAAGAGGUCGAAGACAUCUUCCUCGACCUGGUCAACAAGUUCGGCUUCCAACGGGACAGCAUGCGGAACAUGUACGACCACCUCAUGACGCAGCUGGACUCGCGUGCGUCGCGGAUGACCCCCAAUCAAGCCCUCCUGUCUCUCCAUGCGGACUACAUCGGCGGUGAUAAUGCCAACUACCGACGCUGGUACUUUGCUGCCCAUCUGGAUCUGGACGACGCGGUCGGCUUCGCCAACAUGAAGUUGGGCAAGGCGGAUCGGAAGACACGCAAGGCCCGCAAGGCAGCCAAGAAGAAGGCCGAGGAAAACCCGGAAAAUGUCGAUGAAACCCUUGAAGCCCUCGAGGGCGACAACAGCCUCGAAGCCGCCGAGUACCGCUGGAAGACCCGGAUGAACCGCAUGUCCCAACACGACCGGAUGCGCCAGGUCGCCCUGUUCCUUCUGUGCUGGGGUGAGGCCAACCAGGUCCGUUUCCUGCCCGAGUGUAUCUGCUUCAUCUUCAAGUGCGCCGACGACUUCUACAACUCCCAAGAGUGCCAGAACCGUGUCGAACCGGUGGAGGAAUUCACCUACCUGAACGAGGUGAUUACGCCCCUCUAUCAGUUCUGUCGCGACCAGGGCUAUGAGAUCCUGGAAGGAAAGUAUGUCCGUCGCGAGCGCGACCACAACAAGAUCAUUGGUUACGAUGACAUGAACCAGCUCUUCUGGUACCCUGAGGGCAUCGAGCGCAUUGCCUUUGAGGACAAGACGCGUCUGGUCGACAUCCCACCCGCCGAGCGGUGGACCAAGCUCAAGGAUAUCGUCUGGAAGAAGGCCUUCUUCAAGACAUACAAGGAGACCCGUUCGUGGUUCCACAUGGCCACCAACUUCAACCGUAUCUGGGUCAUCCACUUGGGCUCUUUCUGGUUCUUCACUGCAUACAACGCUCCGACCCUGUACACCCACAACUACCAACAGCAGAUGAACAACAAGCCGCCGGGCUCGUGGCAAUGGUCUGCUGUCGGUUUCGGUGGUGCCCUCGUCGCUUUCAUUCAAAUCUUCGCCACUAUUAUGGAAUGGAUGUACGUCCCUCGACGCUGGGCCGGUGCGCAGCACUUGAGCAAGCGUCUCAUGUUCCUCCUCGCUGUGUUCAUCGUCAACCUUGCGCCUGGUGUCGUAGUCUUUGCCUUCAAGGACAAGGUCGGGGAGACCCCCGCCUUGAUUAUCGGUAUUGUGCACUUUUUUGUCGCUCUGGCUACCUUCUUCUUCUUCGCGGUCAUGCCCCUGGGUGGCUUGUUCGGCAGUUACAUGAAGAAACAUGGCCGCCAGUACGUCGCGAGCCAAACCUUCACCGCGAGCUUCCCCCGUCUGAAGGGCAAUGACAUGUGGAUGUCCUACGGUCUCUGGGUCUGCGUUUUUGGUGCCAAGCUGGCGGAGUCGUACUUCUUCUUGACUCUGUCUUUCAAGGAUCCCAUUCGCAUCUUGUCCCCCUUGAAGCUCCGCCAAUGUGCUGGUGUCUUGUACAUUCCCAACAAGCUCUGCCACGCCCAGCCCCAGAUUCUUCUCGGCCUGAUGUUCUUCAUGGACUUGACUCUCUUCUUCCUCGAUAGUUACCUGUGGUACAUUAUCUGCAACACGGUGUUCUCGGUUGCGCGCUCCUUCUACCUGGGUGUGUCCAUCUGGUCGCCCUGGAGGAACAUCUUCUCUCGCCUUCCGAAGCGUAUCUAUUCGAAAGUCUUGGCCACCACCGACAUGGAGAUCAAGUACAAGCCCAAGGUCCUAAUCUCGCAGGUUUGGAACGCCAUCAUCAUCUCGAUGUACCGGGAGCAUCUCUUGGCCAUUGAUCACGUCCAGAAACUGCUCUAUCAUCAGGUUCCUUCGGAGCAAGAGGGCAAGAGAACUCUUCGCGCACCGACCUUCUUUGUUUCCCAGGAGGACCAGUCUUUCAAGACCGAGUUCUUCCCGGCCGGUAGCGAAGCCGAACGUCGUAUCUCCUUCUUCGCCCAGUCCCUCUCCACGCCUAUGCCGGAGCCUCUCCCCGUCGACAACAUGCCCACGUUCACCGUGCUCAUCCCGCAUUACGGCGAAAAGAUCCUGCUUUCGCUCCGUGAAAUUAUUCGUGAAGACGAGCCCUACUCGCGUGUUACUCUCUUGGAAUACCUCAAGCAACUCCACCCCCAUGAGUGGGACUGCUUCGUGAAGGACACCAAGAUCCUGGCCGAUGAGACCUCCCAGUUCAACGGCGAGUCCGAGAAGAGCGAGAAGGAUGUGGCGAAGAGCAAGAUCGAUGACCUUCCGUUCUACUGCAUUGGUUUCAAAUCUGCUGCCCCUGAAUACACGCUGCGAACCCGUAUCUGGUCUUCCCUGCGCUCUCAGACCCUGUACCGUACUGUCUCUGGAUUCAUGAACUACAGCCGCGCGAUCAAGUUGCUGUAUCGUGUGGAGAAUCCCGAGGUCGUGCAGAUGUUUGGUGGCAAUUCCGAGAAGCUCGAGCGCGAGCUCGAGCGGAUGGCCCGCCGGAAGUUCAAGAUCUGCGUUUCUAUGCAGCGUUAUGCCAAGUUCAACAAGGAAGAGCGUGAGAACACCGAGUUCUUGCUCCGUGCCUACCCCGAUCUUCAGAUUGCCUACCUGGAUGAAGAAGCACCGCUUGAGGAGGGUGAGGAGCCACGCCUCUACUCCGCUCUGAUUGAUGGCCACUGUGAGCUGCUGGACAACGGCAUGCGCAAGCCCAAGUUCAGGAUUCAACUCUCCGGCAACCCUAUCCUUGGUGAUGGCAAAUCCGACAACCAGAACCACUCCAUUAUCUUCUACCGCGGUGAAUACAUCCAGGUGAUCGACGCUAACCAGGACAACUAUCUCGAAGAGUGCCUGAAGAUUCGUAGCGUGCUGGCUGAAUUUGAAGAACUGACCACCGACAAUGUCUCGCCGUACACCCCUGGUAUCCCGACCCAGAGCACCGAACCCGUCGCCAUUCUCGGUGCCCGUGAAUACAUUUUCUCCGAGAACGUUGGUGUUCUUGGUGACGUUGCCGCUGGUAAGGAACAGACGUUCGGUACCUUGUUCGCGCGUACUCUGGCCCAGAUUGGAGGCAAGCUUCACUAUGGUCACCCGGAUUUCCUCAACGGUGUUUUCAUGACUACUCGCGGCGGUAUCUCCAAGGCGCAAAAGGGUCUUCACCUGAACGAAGAUAUUUACGCUGGUAUGACCGCUCUCUGCCGUGGUGGUCGCAUCAAGCAUUGCGAGUACUUCCAGUGUGGUAAGGGUCGUGAUCUGGGUUUUGGCUCUAUUCUCAACUUCACCACCAAGAUUGGUACUGGUAUGGGUGAGCAGAUGCUCUCUCGCGAGUAUUACUACCUUGGUACCCAGUUGCCUCUGGAUCGCUUCCUGUCUUUCUACUAUGCCCAUCCUGGUUUCCACAUCAACAACAUGUUCAUUAUGCUUUCGGUGCAGAUGUUCAUGAUCGUCUUGGUCAAUCUGGGAGCCCUCAAGCACGAGACGAUUACUUGCACCUACAACCCCGAUCUGCCUAUCACCGACCCCCUGAGACCCACAUUCUGUGCCAACCUCGUACCGGUCGUGGACUGGGUCAAUCGCUGUAUUAUCUCCAUCUUCAUCGUGUUCUUCAUUUCGUUCGUGCCCCUGGCCGUCCAGGAAUUGACCGAGCGAGGUGUCUGGCGCAUGGCAACCCGUUUGGCCAAGCAUUUCGGUUCUUUCUCUUUCAUGUUCGAGGUGUUCGUGUGUCAGAUCUACGCCAACGCGGUGCACCAGAACUUGUCGUUCGGUGGUGCCCGCUACAUCGGUACUGGGCGUGGCUUUGCCACGGCGCGUAUUCCGUUCGGUAUCUUGUACUCGCGUUUUGCGGGCCCUUCGAUCUACGCGGGCGCUCGCUCGCUCCUGAUGCUGCUGUUCGCCACUUCCACCGUCUGGACUGCGUCUCUGAUUUGGUUCUGGGUGUCGCUUCUUGCGUUGUGCAUUUCGCCCUUCCUGUUCAACCCUCAUCAGUUCGCCUGGAACGACUUCUUCAUUGACUACCGUGACUACCUGCGUUGGCUCUCGCGUGGUAACUCUCGUUCGCACGCCUCGUCCUGGAUCGGUUUCUGCCGCUUGUCCCGUACCCGUAUCACGGGCUACAAGCGCAAGCUUCUCGGUGUUCCUUCCGAGAAGGGGUCCGGCGACGUCCCCAGGGCCCGUAUCUCGAACAUCUUCUUCGCGGAGAUCCUCGUGCCCUUGGUUCAGGUUGCCGUCACGCUUGUUCCGUUCCUGUACAUCAACUCUCGGACUGGCGUUACGAACAACAAAGACAAGGCGUACAAUGCCCUUAUCCGUAUCGCGAUUUGCGCCUUUGGACCGAUUGCGAUCAACGCCGGUGUCGCCGGCGUCUUCUUCGCCAUGGCGUGCUGUAUGGGCCCGCUCCUGAGCAUGUGCUGCAAGAAGUUCGGUUCUGUUUUGGCUGCCAUUGCCCACGCCGUCGCUGUUGUCAUUCUCCUUGCUAUCUUCGAGGUCAUGUUCUUCCUCGAACAGUGGUCCUGGCCUCGUAUGCUGAUGGGAAUGAUCUCCAUGGCUGCCAUCCAGCGGUUCAUCUACAAGCUGAUCGUGGCUCUUGCGUUGACCCGUGAGUUCAAGCAUGAUCAGUCCAACAUCGCGUGGUGGACCGGUAAGUGGUAUAGCAUGGGCUGGCACUCCAUGUCUCAGCCGGGCCGCGAGUUCCUGUGCAAGAUCACGGAACUGGGUUAUUUCUCUGCGGACUUUGUGCUGGGACAUUUGAUCCUGUUCAUCAUGCUGCCCGCUCUCUGCGUUCCUUACAUCGACAAGUUCCAUUCCGUCAUUCUUUUCUGGCUGCGACCCAGUCGUCAAAUCCGACCCCCGAUCUACUCCCUCAAACAGUCCAAGCUACGAAAGCGGAGAGUCAUCCGUUUUGCUAUCCUCUACUUUGUCAUGCUUGUCCUCUUCCUUGUGCUCAUCAUCGCGCCGCUGGUCGCCCGUACUAUCAAGUCUCUGAGCUUGCCGGACAUCCCGAUGCAACUUUUGCAGCCCUUGGAUGCGAACAACAAUGACACCGUUGCUAGCUACACGGGUAGCAACCUUCCGAAAGGAUUCAAGGCCUGGACGCCCAGUCCUCCGUCAUAGAGGCCGGUCCGCUCCUUCCCUUCACGUUAGCACCGCAUUUUGCUGCAUUCCUUCUUUUUUCUUCUUUUUCUUGCCCCCCCAUCUUCAGAAAUGGAAUUAUGGAAAUGAGCUGUAUAAAGUAACCAGCGCCCUGACGUUGUUGCUGCGUCCCAUACAUUUGUC